AUGCUACAGCUGGCCAGAAUAGCUUCAGACAAGCCUGCUCAUUUACACAGUCUGUUACCAACCUGCGCAUUCACCCAGUCUGUUACCAAAUUGCUCAUUCACCCAGUCUGUUACAAGCCAGCUCAUUCACACAGUCUGUUACCAACCUGCUCAUUCACCCAGUCUGCUCAUUCACAGUCUGUUACCAACCUGCUCAUUCACCCAGUCUGUUACCAACCUGCUCAUUCACCCAGUCUGUUACCUGUCUGCUCAUUCAUCCAGUCUGUUACCCACCUGCUCAUUCACCCAGUCUGUUACGAGCCUGCUCAUUUGCCCAGUCUGUUACCAGCCUGCUCAUUCACCCAGUCUGUUACCAGCCUGCUCAUUCACCCAGUCUGUUACCAGCCUCAUCAUUCACCCAGUCUGUUACCAGCCUGCAAAUUCACCCAGUCUGUUACCAGCCUGCAUAUUCACCCAGUCUGUUACCAGCCUGCUCAUUCACCCAGUCUGUUACCAACCUGCUCAUUCACCAAGUCUGUUACCAACCUGCUCAUUCACCCAGUCUGUUACCAGCCUGCACAUUCACCCAGUCUGUUACCAGCCUGCACAUUCACCCAGUCUGCCCAGUCAGCUUAUAAGAUCACAAAACCUUACGUAACUGCAAAGCAUACAUUAAGGUAG